GUUUUAAUGGCGUCCUCCUCUAUCUUGGUCUAGAAUUACCAAAAUGUCAUCACCAGUAGUGUUGCAGGACAGAAAAUAAUCAGCUGAUCUAAUCAUGGCGACUAUAGAGAAGCUGAUUAAGGCGUUUGAGGGACUGAAGGUGUUCCAGCCUGGAGGGGUCGUCACAGAAGAAGCUACAAAAAAGAAAGAAACACCUCCCAGCAAGAAGGACAAAAUGGUGAACUGUAACAUCAUAGCAGACUCCAUCUGUGCACCAAACAUGAGAUCUAUUCCGGACUUUCCGAAGUUUCUGGGAAUUGCCAUGGAGGCCUUUCUUACUUUAUGUGAUGACAGUGAGACUGAUGUUAGACUGGUCGCGGAUGAGUGCCUCAAUAGAACAAUAAAAAUCUUAUUGGAAACAAACCUAGGCCGUUUGCAGGUAGAGUUGUACAAGGAAAUCAAGAAGAAUGGAGUGUCACGCUCUCUACGUGCCUCUCUAUGGCGCUUUGCUGAUAUGUGUCACCUCAUCAGACCACAGAAAUGCAGACCCUAUAUUGUAAAUCUGUUGCCUUGCUUGGUACGAAUCUGCCGCCGUGAUGAAGAAGCGAUCCAAGACACCUUAGCGACUGCGAUGCAGAAAAUCUGUCCCUCACUGAUGGUGUUCGCUAAUGACAUUGAAGUUAAGGCACUUCUCAAAGCUUUCAUGCCGAACCUGCACUCGAAUUCAGCUAUGUGUCGACGUACAGCUGCCAGCAGCCUCGUUCUCGUCUGUCAACAUUCCCGCAGUCCUCUUUCCUUUAUAUCUUACCUUGUCAGCAGUCUACUAGAGGUAGUGAUUCCUGUGGACAUACCUCACGACACGUAUGCCCUGCUGGGCGUGAUUCUCUGUCUGCGUCAUGUGAUCCCGCAGCUCAGCAGUACGGCUAACACAGAUCAGGGGCUGAAGGGCAGCUUCGGACAGAUGCAGAGAGAUUCACAUGAAGGAGUCAGCAGUGACCACAUUCAAAAGUUGUUCCAGCUUCUGUUGUACUUCACGAGACACCCAGACCACAAUGUUGCCACAGCAUCGCUGGAAUCUCUACAGCAGCUUCUACGUGCACCACCUCCACAGCUUAUGGAAGUUCUGAUGACCAAAGCAAGCAUUAAAAAAUCACUUAUUUUUCAAGUGGAUCUCGAAGAAAUUACAGGGAUGAGUUCUGAAAAUUCUCUUGCCAUGCCUGCCGUUUCUGAUGAUGCUGAACUAGAGGACGAUGCUGACAGCUCGGAUCUCGUCAGUCAGUCUACCAAUACCUCCGCCGAGACCACAGAGCUACUACCUUCAGAGCUACCUACACAGACCGCUCCGGCCACAGAACCAAACAUUUCACUCGACGCAGCACCAGAAGAUAAAAAUGAAACAGCUGUGGCCUCUUCACUGGUUGUUACGUCAGAAAAUAAUUAUUCUAAUGUAGAAAUUGGUGAAUUCAUUGAAGAAAAGUCAGAGAGGUCUGCUUUGUCCCAUAGCAGCAGUGUGGAAACAUUGUUAAGUAUUAGGAGCAUAAGCCCGAAACAAAAACCGUCACUGAAAAGAGAACUGGAUCAGGAUUUGAAUGGAAAUCCCAGCGUCUUUGAUCCAUCUGAGAUGCAGGACAGUCCUCUUCCAAGUCCUCUUCCCCCUGGACUCUGUGAGCAGAGAGGAAGUGAUGUAGGCUCUAUUUUAGGGGAUGAAAUGCCCCUUGUUUACUGUGUGCGACUGUUGUGUCGGAGGUUUUUGCUGCAGGGUGAGCAUGGCGCAUUGAUACCGGACAAGAUAACCCGGGUGAGCCUCAAGUCUCUGGCCCUCGGCUGUAUAGCAUCAAGCUUCACUCUCUGUCCACAGAUCUUCUUCUAUAAGUUAUUCCCGGAAGAGAAUGUAGGUGGAGUUCAAGACAUACGCGAUGUGUUGCUGUAUGCCAGUCAUCCUGAUCCACAGCUGAAAGGCAACACGGCGGCCAUUAUUGGAUCUCUUGUACAUAAAGUGCUGAUUGAAGGAAGGGCCGACUUCAACAAAUGGCUGAAGCUGCAUUCACCAUCUGACAUAGGAAAGAUGACACUGGAACAUUUGAUAGAGAUCCUCAUCAACAUCCUGGAGGACGAUUCGUCCCUGGCCACUCGACAGGCUCUGUCGGCUCUCCAGCUGUGUCUUUCCGACCUCAUUCAGAGCUGUCACGGCAAACUGGCUCUUGACAUCCUUCUCGACCUCCUCGAAAUAAAGUCUAAUCCUUACUGGCUAGUUAAGGUUGAACUUAUGGACCUGCUUGGUGGGAUCAAUUUUAAGGUUGUGAAUUACCUCGAGUCCACAUGUUCCAACUUCAGCCGGGGUCAUCAUUUCCUUGGGAAGCUGUCUUUACAAGACCACUACCUGAAGGAGGUGAUUCUACCUCUGUUAGGAGACGAAGACGGCCGGGUACGACACGCUGUGGCUAGGACAUUGCUACGACUGAUACCGCAUCUGUUUUUCUCCGUGGACUAUCCGCAUCACGACCCAGUGAUGGCAUAUGCAGAGGACACCACCAACCGGUUCCUGCACCCGGUGCUACACGAGUGGGCCGAGGACCCGCCCCCAUUGGUACAGGGCCUGGUGAAGCCAUACAUCCUCAGUCCCAUCGUCACCAUGCACCCACACAUCGAGAGCAGUCUCUCGCGGAUUGUUCACAAACUCAUGCAUCAGCUCUACAUUUCAAAAUCGAAACACUUCACGAGUGGCUGUUGUCAUGCUCUGUGUUUGCUGGCUGAGGAUUACCUGGUGACGAAGUACGCGUCGUCGUGGGGCUGUGGUCCUGCUACUCCACUCCUUCCCAAAGAGAGCAGCAGUCGACUGAACAUGAAGCGACCACCCAGUAGAUCGCAGAGCACCUCUAGCACGUUCAGUCUUGAGGACCUCACAACUGGAUCUGGAGGGGGACCUGUACCCGUCAUUCUCGCCCUCCUCGUUUCUUCGCCCACUGUAUUAGACUUGUCCACACAUCAAGAUGUCCUUCAGCUGGCCGGAAAUCUUAUUGCAGGCUCUGCGUACCAAUGCUUGCAUCCAGCAGAGGACAUUUCUAACACGGGUGGGUCUACCGAAGAUGGGAGGUGGACCUGUGUGACCGACCGACAGCUGGCGCCAUUAAUAGAUCAGCUGCUUCACCACGUGGCACGGUUGCUGAAUGCGUGUUCCCAUGUGAUUGACGACCAGGUACCAGGACCACCACAGGUGAAACCGUCUCUCCCGUCACUACCCAACGCCCCGUCUCUGAGUCCGGUGAAGAGACGGGCGAAGACUGACAAAGACUUGCAGACAGGAUCUAGCUCUCCUGUUCCAGACAGCAAGACCGACAAGAAGACACCUCAGAAAGAUUCAAAGGAGAACGAGAAGGAUAAGAAAAAGAAAGAAGGUCUCGGAUUGUUCUACAACCUGCCGCAAUACACCAAGAUGUAUGAGGUUCUCAGGGGAGCUUACUCCAACUAUAAAACGUCUCUAGAUCUGUCGAGUGUAGACAAGUUCUGCAGUCUCCUGCGGACAGUUCUCACCGUGUUGGCACAGAUCUUGGAAAUAGCCACAUUGUUUGAUAUUGGAAAGCAUGCUGAGGAGUUUCUGGGAUAUCUCAAAAGUACAAUAGCCUUGGAGCCAACAUACACUGUACUGUGUGUACAACAGUUACUGAAAGCAUUAUUUGGCACAAAUCUUGCCAACCAGUGGGAGUCACAGCUGAUAACUUUUCAAAGCCGCAGGCCGAUGAAAACUGCGUGUACGAGUGCUGGGAAGCCGAGUCUCUAUGAGUGCUGUUUGAACCAACCCUACACUCAUCUGGUGCAGUCGUUCGCUGGCGCCACCUUCAGGGCAGUCAACCAAACCGAUCAAGAUGAGACACAGAGUACUCUGCAGUGGUUGCAGAAGAGAGUGGAGAAGAAAGUUCCUGCUAUUCUUAGACCCGGCAGCAAGGUGGACAAGGGUAUAAUUGGUUCAUACAUCCGUCUGUUUGAGCCGCUGGUGAUCAAGGCUUUGAAGCAGUACACGGUGACGAGCUCUCUGGAUCUACAGCGCCAGGUCCUCGACCUCCUGUCCCAGCUGGUGCAGCUCCGUGUCAACUACUGUCUGCUCGACUCCGACCAGAUCUUCAUCGGAUUCGUCCUCAAGCAGUUUGAGUUCAUUGAAGAGGGACAAAUCAGAAAUUCCGAGUUGCUGGUGCCUCACGUGUUCCAUUUCCUUGUGAUGCUGUCGUAUGAGAAAUUUCACGGAAAAUCUAUCAUUGACAUGCCUCGCAUUAUCCACCGGUGUGACGGCAUCAUGGCCAGUGGCUUGCAGCCCACCACCCAUGCAAUUCCGGCCCUCCAGCACAUUGUGUAUGACUUAUUCCUGCUGCGAGGCUCGGCCAAGUCGGAUGUGAGCAAAGACUUGGAGACGCAGCGAGAAGUGGUCGUCUCCAUGCUCAUCCGGCUCAUCAACUACUACCAGGCUCUCGAGAUGUUUGUCAUAGUUCUGCAGCAGUGUCACCGGGAGAGUGAGGAGAAGUGGAAGCGACUCUCACGCCAGGUCAUGGACAUGGUGCUGCCGGCGCUGUCUAAACAACAGAUAAGCCUGAACAAUCAGAGGUCUCUGGAUACAUUGCAUCGUUUGUUUGAGUCGGUAGCUCCAAGCGUCUUCCGGCCAGUUGACAUACUUCUCAAAACACUGUUUGCUCCACCUGCCAAUUUGACCUGCACUCAAGGCCUGCAGAGUUGGUUGUGUCUUGUCCUGUCGACAUUACGGGUUAUUAUUGUGCAGUCCAAGGAAGAUAUGGUUCUGUCUCGCCUACAGGAAGUUGGUUUGGUUAUCCCCCUUACUCGGUAUCUCGGCAGUACAGAAGCUGUCGUGGCUGACAUCUCAUUACUCCCUGAUCUUACUCCAGAAAUGGCAUUUGCUUGGCUGCUGCUGCAGGUGAUCGGAGUGAGUGCGGAGACGCUGAGCAAGGAGUCUGCUAUGACAGACACCGAGACCAAUGAGUGUUUGUUUCUUGUACAGCAGCUACUGCACCUACUGCUGUAUGUGACUCACAUGUUUCAGUCAGGUUUAUUUCGACGAGUUGCUACGGCAGCAAUGUAUUUGUCGAAACAAAAAUAUCCCGACUGUCUGUACAAUAUCGCAGACAUAAACCAUUUCAUGCUUUCACUGAGCACCUCGUUCCCCACUGUGACGAUCCUGUGGUGCAACAUUCUUAUCCUGCUCAACGUCGAUGAUGAAAACCUUUGGAGCCAAAUUCUACACACUCCACCAAAAUAUCUUCUCGUUAGUCCCGGCCAUCAGACUCCGAGCCGGACAGAACUGCCCAAACACAGAGUACAGUGUUGUCGUCUUGAGUUACUGCGCAGAGUCGGACUGGUGCUGUUCUCAGACUAUGUGUGUGAAAACCUGAAUGAUGCUGAACACAUGACCUGGCUAAUUAUUAACCAUGUCAGUGAUAUUAUUGAACUAUCCCAUGAACCUCCAGUUCAAGAUUUUAUUAGUGCUAUUCAUCGGAACUCCGCUGCCAGCAGUCUCUUUAUUCAAGCCAUUCAUGCCCGCUGUGAUAAUGUUGCCAAGCCGUCGGCCGUGAAGAAGACUCUGCGGUGUCUGGAGGCCAUCCACCUGUCUCAGAGUGGAGCCCUCCUCACGCUGCUCAUCGACAAGUUCCUCAACACGCACCAGCUCGCCGUCGCCAGGAUGUGCGACUCGAUCGCCUGUCGCAGGGUCGAGAUGCUGCUGGCGGAACAUUACGAGGAGUGUAGCAAACAGCUGCCUCAAGAAGAUUUAGAAAAACUUUUACAGUUCAUGAAAUCCAAUGGAUUAAUAAGAAGGCAUGCUAGAUUAGUGUCCCUACUAUGCAAACUGCAGACUAUGUUUAGUCCUGACUGUAAACCCAUGCUGUCACCAGCUAAAACACACCCGCUAGCAGUGAUGCCAGCCCAGGUUGUCGACAUUGAGAUAAACAAGGAUCUGUAUUUGUCCAUUGUUAAAGACCAGUGUUUCUGUCAAAACCCGAAUCCCAGAGAGUGUGCCUUUCUGCUACAGAAGAUUGAGUACCCUGAUAUUCUGUCUAUAGCCAUGACAAAGGAAUUUAGUCUUUCUAUACUUGAGGAAUGCAUUUCACUCGGCGCGUACCGAACACUCGUUCGCUACAACCGCGACCGCGAACUGACCGCCGACCAGAACCUUCCUCCGUCUGAGCCGGUGCUGGACACGCUGUUCAAGGCGUCGCACCUCACAAUGUUCCGCCAUAUCAACAACAUCGUGAACCACCUGUCGGUGCCGCACCAGAUGAUGGUGUUCAGCAGCAGGUGCACGUCCAGCCAGCGGCGCUACAUGGAGCACACCGAGGAGCUCUUCAUGGACAGCACCUGGUUCGUGAUGAACUUCCAUAUCACCACCGCUCUCGUCCAGUACCUUGUCGCCAUCAAGAGGUUUCCGUGGAAACCGGGAGUUCCGGCCGAGUCUGUUUUCGACGUGUGUCGAUUCUGUGUCCUCUGUGUCGAGAUACUGAGCUAUCUCCUACACCACGACCAGCUGCCGACCUCUGAACAGCUACAGACGUGUUUGGAGUGUGUGUCGCUCGUCCUACAAAACGAGCAGUUCUUCAAUCUCAUCAGUCAGAGUGAGAACUACACAUGGGUGUGUGCCUUAAUAGACACCAUCUACCAGCUUGUGGCAUCGUUGACUGUCCUACCUGGAGUGAAGGUUGCAUUACUUGCUCACCAAGACAGAUUUGAAGAACCAGCCAUUUCAUCAACUGAUGAGUUCUCCUGUUUAAUUCGAGCCUGCGACCAGAUCUCUGAGUUAGUGCACUGUCUUGAGACGAGACUUCGCGUCAACUCAAGCACCAGCCUGUCUCUUCCUCCAUCUCUAUCGGCUCCCAUCAGAAACAUUGUCAUUGGUUUGGCUCGACUACCCCUGGUGAACACAUACGCGCGCACUCCGCCACUGGUCUGGAAACUCGGCUGGUCUCCGUCUCCGACCGGUGAACUCAAGACGCAGCUGCCUUCCCUGCCCAUGGACUUCCUCUUGGAGAAAGAUGUCUUGAAGGAGUUUGUCUUCAGAAUUAAUACAUUAGGCUGGGUGAACAGACAGCAGUUUGAGGAGACCUGGAUGAGUCUCCUGGGCUUGUUGAAUCCGGCUACAACCGGUCACGACUUGACACCAGAGGAAGAAGUGGAGAGAACGCAGUGCAUGGUGAUAGCCAUUAGGGCAAUCACUUCACUACUGUUGCAGUCCACACUGAUACCCAUGUCUGGUAACCCUAGCAACAGCGUGUACGAAGUACAACCUCGCGACAAACCACUCGCGUUUCUUCAAACCAGAUGUGGGAAGAAGCUGUCAAUGGUACGAGGACUCAUUGAGCAGGAAAUCCACAACCUGUGUGCUCAGAAGCCAGAUCGAGUUAGUCACCAUUCGUACACCACCUGUCGUAAGAAGACGGACACGAUUCACUGUGAUCUGUUUGAAGACAACUUAGACAGAGAUCUCGGAGUGGAAGAGUUUCAUCUCGGACAGAUCUCGAUGGAAGCCAUCUGGUCUGUGGUUGGCCUGGUGGACACCAAUAUGUCUGAGUCCGACACGACGGACAGUGCCGACAGUCCGCAGCACGAGACGACGGGCAAGACAUCGGUGGGCACGUCGACGAUGGGGACGCGUGAGAGGUCGCUGGCACUGAGCGGGCUCGACAUCCACUCCUGUCUCCAGUUCCUGCAGGAGCUCUACGGACCCUGGCUGUCAUGUGACGGAACCACCAAGCCACCGCUCAUGUUGCUCAAUGCCGCCAUCCGAUCGAUUGUGUUGCUGUCGGAUCUGUUCAUGGAACGGGAGCAGUUUGAAUGGAUGCUGGACACCCUGCUAGAGGUGCUGCGCUUGCAUCCCUCUGAAGAUGAACUAGUCGCUCAGUAUCUCAAUGUUGGCAUCUGCAAGGCAGUCGCUGUUGUAGGUUCGGACACUGCGACGUCGGAGAAAGUGAUCAAGUUGAUAGAGGGGGGUCUGCGGAGUACCCACCUGCCCAGCAAGGUGGCCGUGCUACACGGGGUCCUCUACCUGCUGGAGUCAGGCCUGUCUGACCUGACCCGCAACAUCCUGCCAACGAUCGCCAGCUUCCUCAUCAAACACCUGUCCGCCGUCAACAACACGUGCAUCACGUGUCAGCAGUUCUCGAUGGUAAUGUGGGCGACGACGUUCUACAUCAUGGAGAAUUACUACGAGGUGCUGAAGGACACCGAGUUCCCUUCCACGGCUCUUCAGCUGGCUGUGAGUGUGGCAUCUGCGAGUGAGGACUGUAUUUCGGUGACCAUCUUCCUCGUCAUCAUGAAAGGCAUGGAGCGCCUGCUGCUCGCCGAUGUCCUGUCGCUGAAAGACACAGAAACCAUCAUCAAGCUGAGCCUCGACAGACUGUGUCUUCCCAGCCCUCAGCGAGCUUUACCUGCCCUUGGUCUUAUUUUUACCUGCAUGUAUUCAGGUAAACAAGGUGACCAGUAUAGUCCGCGACCGCGCGACAUGAUGGAGCCGUGUUUCAGUGAUAACGGGUUUGGUCCUGUGUGUCAAGACCCGGAAUCUCUCAUACUGGCCAUGGAGAGAGUGACUGUCCUCUUUGAUCGAAUUAAGAAGGGAUACCCGUAUGAAGCAAGAGUGAUAACCAGACUCCUGCCAGCGUUUCUUGCCGACUUCUUCCCUCCACAAGACAUCAUGAACAAGGUGAUUGGAGAAUUUCUGUCCAGUCAACAACCGUACCCACAACUUAUAGCCAAGGUCGUGUUUCAGGUGUUCAACAAUCUACAUCAACAGAACCAGCAGGGUCUGGUCAGGGACUGGGUCAUGCUGUCACUCUCCAACUUCACUCAGCGCUCGCCUAUCGCCAUGGCGAUGUGGAGUCUCAGCUGUUUCUUCAUCAGCGCUUCUGUCAACCAGUGGCUCAAGGCUCUAUUUCCUCAUGUAAUUGGUCGGAUGGGGAAGAUGGAAGUCGUUGACAGAAGACUGUUUUGUUUAUCUGCCCUUGAUUUCCACCACCAACUGGCUGACGACAACCAGAAGCACGUGUUUGUCUCCACGUUCCAGUCGGUAACGCAAACCGACUCGCCGUAUCAGGAACUCCUCGCCUGUUUAACGUAACACAGACAUGCAGUACUUCAGCUGUGUCAUACGGAUGAUAUGUCACAGUUCUAGUGACGGAUAAAUAAAAGAAAAGCUGUGCCAAGUAGUAACGUAAACAUGGAAUCAGUCUUUCAAAUGAAAUGAGUAGUGGAGAUGAGUAUUUAUUUCUUGGACACAUUUCCAGAGGAAUCCAUGCAGUUGAUGUGCCCAGGACAUAUGUGCUUGAACCUGCAGUGGAUAUAAAGUGUGUUAAAUGGUUCAUUGGAGUAUUUAUAUUGGACUAGGGAGCAUAAAGGAGCAUGGUUUAUGAUCUAUAUAUACAAGGGUCCAAAAUUGUAAUCAAAGUAUUAUGGAAUAAAUGUUUGUUGUUCGUCUUAAUAACAAAACAAAAAAACUUAUAAAGCUUAUAAAACUUAAUGUGUAUGUGUGUGUCACUGGCUCAAGAAACCAAGACUCGGAAAUAUGCAUAAGUCACAUUUAAUAAUUAAUGUUAUUGAUAUGUAUAUUCAUGCAAUUAAUGGUAUGCUUCACCUCUGUUUAACACGUACCGGUAAUAAUAAGAGUUAAAAGCAGACCUCUGAGAAUUGUAAGUCUAUGUUAACUAUUUAUACCAGGUUAUGCCAACGCUUAACUUAUUGCAGCUUGCUAAACCCUUUACAACCAUUUAUAUGGUACCAUAAUGCACAAUGAAAAAUGAAAGAAAGAAUACUUCCAUUAGCACUGGGUGAUUGAAUGUAGUGUUUUUAAAAUUUUCAGAGGCCUGAAAUGGAUGUAGUUGUAGCAUAAUAUUGUGCUUAGUUUGGGUAAUUCGAAUACAGAGAAACCUCUCAAAACCGCACCCUCUGUAAACCGGAAUUCCCACAAAACUGGAUGCCUUUCAUGGUCCCUUUUUAAAUAUCUGUGCAGGAGAGGACCUCUGUAAACCAGAUACCUCUUAAGCCUGGAUGUUUUACUUGUUCCCGAGAGGUGUCCGGUUUAGAGGAGUUUCACUAUUCAGGACAUGUCUAGUAAAAUUGGUACAUACUAGCUAUGGAUUAUCCCCAAAUAAAUGGGUGAAUUCUAAGCAUUUGUAGAAGUAUGCACCAUUCAAGCUUAUUUAUGUAGGACCAUAAGUGUAUAAUGAUGACAGUGGUAGUUAUAUCCCUGCUUUUGGAGGGGUGGACAUUAGCAGUAGAAAUACAUAGUGCCACAUUACAAAUUCAGAAAUCAAGUGACAGGGUAUUUGUGCAAGCUGUAGAUCUACUGAUCUAUGCUUCGUAAUAACUGUAGUGUCUAUCUGUUACAUCACUGUAUAAUUAAAUUUCCAGUACAUUCAUUACAAUAUAAUGUCAUCUCAUUGGUCCAGUCAUAGCUUGAUGUAUAUAAAAAAUAUGUCGUCCGGGAAUGUCAUAUCUGGUACUUUGUCUUAUUGAGCGUUAUUCCGUAUGGACAAAGAGGCAUCGAAAUAAGCAUUGUGUCUGAUAGCCCAUUUACAGGUUA